UCGAGCCCCACCCUUAGGUUGAUGACAGGUGGGCAGACUUUAUGUGCUAAGCCCUUCAGGGGUUCCUCCCUCCUUUAGUAUAAAUUAGUGUAGCUCCCCUUCCUUAAGGAAUUCUCUUGAGUCAAUCCAAGAGCCAAAUUCUCAUCAGUGCAAGACCCAGUGCAAGACUUUCCUACCUUCCAGCCCAAGCGUGGGCCCCAAUUUGCCAAACCCUCAAGAUGACUCCGCCAGGCCAAACCUCUUCUUCCAGACCUCCAUAGCCCCUUCCAGGUCUCCUCUGUACCAGCAUUUGGAAGAGAAAUUUGGGUUCAUGGACCUUUGGAGGUCAAUGGAUGGACAGAUGUAAGACACCAGUACAUUGGGGCCUGGCUGAGAGGCCUAGAUCAGUAAUCUCUGGAAGGAGGAGAGAAUCCCGGGAGGACAGGAGAAGGCAAUCCCAGAAAUAGCAGUGCCCAGGCAGUGUGCUUGGGAAGCUGCGAGGAUCCGGGCCAGUGAAGAGGUAGGCGCUGACCAGCACUGUUCCUGAAGGUUGCUUAGUGAGCCAGCAGUGACCCCUGGGGGGACAGUGUCAGAGAACCACCGAACACUAAGUACUGACAAGAAGCCGCAAGGAGCUCAGGCCGGGCUGAACAGCGUGUCCAGUGUUUGCUGGUUUUGAUACCCCCGGUGUUCCCUGGGGCUUCAUUGGGUCCUGAUUUGGAAGCCACUAGGAUCAUCUGUGGUAUUCAGUUUAUCUCAUUCCUGUCCACAAGCAACACCUGUGUCAGCAAAGGCUGCCCUGAAACUCUUUCAAGUGUUAUGAAACAGCUGUGAAGGCUCUUGGAGAAUUGACCUGCCCCUUCACCUAGGCAUGAGAAAUGUAUAUAGUGGAAGUCUAAUAAAAAGAAUAUGGAAGCUGAACAGCAGAGGUCUGAUUCUAAUGUGAAAAGCAAUAUUGAACAGAAAAUUGUCCCCAAGGAGCAAGAAAUGGAAGUUGAUCUCAAGAAAGACCAGCUCAAAGAUGUUGUGAAACCACAUAAAAACUGUGGCCUGCCCGUUUCUGUACCCAUAUAUCCUGGUAUUCAAGCAAAAGAAGAUGCUAACUCUUGGACUCACGUACUUCAAAAUAAGAUUGCAACGCACAGCAAAAGCAAGAAGGAAGAGGAUUUAGAGGAAUUUGCCCUUAGUUUUCCAUACAGAUUAACCCGGCUAUCAACAGACUCUGAGAUGUCAAGAACUAAGCCAUGGGACGCUCAGAAAAUAUUGGGCCAACUUCGAGAGAAGCUGCCCCUUCAGAAAAACCUGCUUCCCACCCGAUCAAUUCCAGGCAAAGCGAAUCAUGUUCUGGUGGCUGCCAUGAUACCUCCUUCAAGAACCACCUACAUCCCUCCUCUGAGAAGCCCUUUAGAGGACAAGUUACUUAGCACGCGCUUUCCAAAGCAAAAAGCCCGGCUGCAGGAAUUGCUGGGCUACCACAUGUAUGGGUGGCUUAUGGGCAAUACAGAGGCACCGAGCAUCUAUGGGCCACACUUGGUGGUGGAAUUUAACGACAUCAACUUUCCAACCUCAACCAUUGUUCACUCAUCAUGAUGUCUCAUUCUGCUAGUUCUUAGUCAUGGUCACUAGGCGUUCAACAAUGGAGCUCUCCAUCCAGGCAAGAGAACUCUUUUUAUAUUAGUUACUAUCAAUCAUGGACCAAUAGUUCCCUUCCAGUGGAACUGAGAGGACUGGUGGUCUGAAGCCCUUGACAAUUAAUAGCAAUCUGUUGAAUCAGUCUUUAAAAGAACCACUGGAAAUUAUGUGAUUCUAAUAAACAUUGAUGACCCAAAGCAA